UGGACUCCCAGAGAGUCGGGAACAGUGGAGGCAAAAAAAAAGAAAAAAAAAAAAAAUUCCGAACUGCACCAUGCGCCUCCACUGAGUAGGUUUGGAUUAAUCACCGGAAAGUCGUUUGUACUCAGACUCUAUUAAAUUAUGACAACGCCCUCCACACUGGACCAUAUACGAUAUGUUUGUACUUUUUCUGUGGGUUUUUAUGGAUAAGCAUCGCCGUCGUUGACAGCCUGUAAUGACGCUUCUCAACUACACAGAUGGAUUAAGAAAUCCAGCAAGUAUGGAGGUGUGAAUCUGAUUGGAGCAUUUUUUUUUUAACAUCCUGGUGGAGCUACAUUUUUCAUGUGGUGCUUUACAGACAUCAGCAUUUUAACUGAAGCUAAAUGAUGGCAUCACGGUGGGUUCCUUCUUGUGAAGACGAUGAGAGGCAACGAGCAAGAUCUUCUUUCUGUGAGAGUGACACUCCAGAGUGGAGGAGCUUGGCUGAUUCGGCCGCAGCGCCGUACCCAACAGAUGACGAGCCAUUCUCAUGGCCGAGGCCGAAAACUGUGCGUUUGCAUCGCACAUCCCAAGGCUUCGGCUUCACCCUUCGACACUUCAUUGUGUACCCGCCGGAGUCAACGCUGCACUACUUUCCGGAGGAAGAUCAUGGCCGCAGAGCAGGAAGGCAGCGAAAUAGACUGGAACCAAUGGACACUAUUUUUGUGAAGCAGGUCAAGGAAGGUGGCCCUGCUCAUGGCGCUGGACUUUGCACAGGUGAUCGAAUAGUGAAGGUGAAUGGAGCAAGCAUCAUUGGGAAAGCUUAUUGCGAGGUUAUAUCUUUGAUCCAAGACAGUGGUGACUUCCUUGAACUUUGUGUAAUGCCAAAAGAUGAGGAUGUACUGCAACUGGCCUACUCCCAGGAUGCCUACCUCCGUGGCCACAGUAGCUACAGCGGAAAUGCCUGUCACAUUCCUGAUCCACCUUCAGUAUGCUACCCCAGAGUAGACUGUAAGCCUACGGGCAUGGCCCAGCCGACAGACUCGGUGGGGCAGGUCUGCCGAGCGCCAACAGCACCUCCAGACCAUGGGUACCGUAAGGAGAUUACUGUGCCUCCAACACCACCUCUGGCAUCGUAUCCUAAGAGCCAAACAGCAGUGUGCAUGCGCAAUGACAGUGUGAGGACAGUGGUAGUUCCUCAUAAUACAGCCCAUAUGGGGCGCAUGGUUCCAGCACACAGGAUGGAAUUUAUGGAACCUGCCUUUGUUAGGGGGAGGCCUGGGUCACUGGCCCAGUAUCCUCAACCUCGAAAGGCAGAUGUCUAUCCCGGUGGUCCUGGAAUGGUUCCAUAUGGAGCUCAGGUGUCAAACUACCCAGGAAACCACCAGAGCAUUGAUUGGCGCACUUACCAGACAUACAGGGAGUACAUUGACAACAAAGGGAUCCAUUCUCAUGGUAGUCGGACUAUCCAGGAGAGGCUGGACAGUUUACGAGCUGCUGGUCAGGCCAGCUUUGGCCCUACUCAUCAUGUUAUGCGGGGAGACUGGGGUCCUAAGGUGAUACGGCGAAGGAGUACUUCCCAUGACCGGUCAUACCAAGGACCUCCACACCACCUUCAAGUUGCCCCUCGCAGUGCCUCACAGGAUCGCAUGAGCAGUGCAGAGAGGAUUAGUAAUGCAAGGAACUGGCCCCCUCGAAGCGUGUCCCAAGAUGGCCUAGUUCACAAAUCCCGGGCCCGAUCCACAGACUAUGUGGACCCUGCAGAGCUGGCCCGGCCCAGUGACAGGAGAGGGGGAUAUGGAAGGGCAGACCAAGGUACGAGGCUCAGUAGGCAAGCCAUUCCCAGGCAGGCCAUGGUCUACAGGCCUUCUGUGGGAUACAGUGGCGGUAUGAGGGGGCCCCCAGUCCCUUCUCUGUAUACUAAAGGACACGAUUCUCUUCAAACUCGCUCUUCACCCAUGCUCUCUGACAGACCCUUACAUUUUGCAAAGAGUUCAAGUGUUGAACAUUCUUUCGCUGACCAAAGAGUUUCAGGCAAAGUUAGCCCUGCAGGCCAAGCUCUCCAGCAACUUCAAAGCAGGGUGCGGGCUGAAACCAUGCAACCUGUUGAGGUAGGCAGAGAUGCAGCAUUGGUAGGACCCAGAUCUUCUUCAUGCUCUGCUCCCAAAGAGAUGCCCCAGAGGCCUAGCAUCCUCAAGCCACCUCACUCAGAUUCCCAGAGUCAAGUAAAUGGGCAAAGCCUCUCCGAGAGUAUCGUGGUUCUAAGGGAGAAGGCUCCAUCUGGAAAAAACCCCAGCCCCCUCCGGCAACCCUCCUACAUCCUGGCUGUCAAUGACGAUGGAGGUGACUCCACGGCCGAUGUGGUGGCGUGUUGGCUUCCUAACGAUGCACGUCGAGAGAUCCAAAUGCGCCGCCUUGGGGAACGGUGUAACACCUCCUGCUCCAGCAACCUGGACGAGUCUCUGGACUCCAUUCCAUUCAUCGAUGAGCCAGUCAGCCCCAGUGUUGACCGGGAAGCUGCUCCUAUUCCACCCUCUGCUGUUAUAUCUGUUGCGCCAUCCACAGCUCCCUCUGGUCAAGGCUCACCAUGUCCUCCCAUUCGACGCCAGCUGUCACAUGACCAAGCUAAUAAUCCCAUGAAAAAAAUUGUCAUAUAUUCACACUUGCAGGCUCUGGAUGGGCAUAAAUCAUCUGGGGAUUCUGGCUCUCGAAGGGACUCCUCUUCAGUGAUCUUCUCUGAUUCUUCCAGAGAAGGGUUGCUUAACUUUAGGCAGUUCAGUACAGAUAAAAAUAAGCGUGUUGGUGGGGGAAUGAGAUCAUGGAAGCAAAUGUAUGCUGUUUUACAAGGUCACACCCUGACCCUGUACAAAGACAAGAAAGAUGCACUGUCUCGCUCUUCAGGGCAAUCCGAGGAGGAACCACUGCGAAUUAGCAUCGAGGCCUGUCUGAUUGACAUCUCCUAUAGCGAUACAAGACGCAAGAAUGUGCUGCGACUAACCACCUCAGACUGCGAGUACUUGUUUCAGGCAGAAGGGAGAGAUGACAUGCUGUCUUGGAUCAAAGACAUUCAGAAAAACAGUAACCCAGAUGAAGAGAACGCAGCUGUGAGUCGGGACCUGAUCAGCCGAAGGAUCAAAGAAUACAACAUGAGUGCACCCAGCAGCAGGUCUGAACCUUCACCCAAGCCUGCCCGACAUUCGCUGAGCAUCAAAACGCCAUUCCUUGGAGGCAAAACAGAUGAUGAGUCCAGUCCACCACGGGACAGAGGUACUUGGAAAAUUGCCAUUCCAGGGAUCAUAAGGAAGCCAUUUGAGAAAAAGACUCCAGCUGGCAUCACUUUUGGUGUCCGACUUGAUGAUUGUCCAUCUGCACAAAGUAACGAGAAUGUUCCUCUCAUCGUGGAGGUGUGCUGCAAGGUUGUGGAGGAGCGAGGUCUGGAGUACACAGGAAUCUACAGGGUCCCUGGGAACAACGCUGCCAUCUCCAGCAUGCAGGAGGAGCUCAACAGCAAAGGCAUGAAUGACAUCGACAUCCAGGAAGACAAAUGGCGGGACCUUAACGUCAUCAGUAGUUUAUUGAAGUCCUUUUUCAGAAAACUUCCAGAACCUCUGUUUACAAAUGAAAAGUAUGCAGAUUUUAUAGAAGCCAGCAGAAUAGAAGACUCAGUGGAGAGAUUAAAGGAGCUCAAGAGGCUGAUCCGUGAGUUGCCAAUUCAUCACUAUGAAACUCUGAAAUUCCUUUGUGCUCACCUCAAAAGAGUUUCUGACAACUGUGAAAAGAACAAGAUGGAGCCUCGUAAUCUAGCUAUCGUGUUUGGCCCUACCCUGGUCAGAACCUCUGAGGACAACAUGACUAACAUGGUUAACCACAUGCCAGACCAGUGCAAGAUAGUCGAGAACCUUAUUCAGCAGUUUGACUGGUUCUUCGCUGAUGAUGGUGACGAGGACCCUGUUACCACAGCGGAGCAGGAAAGUACAGUGCAGUCUCAGCCUGUGCCCAAUAUCGACCACCUGCUCUCCAACAUUGGGCGGACUGCACCCUCUCCUGGCGAAGUCUCAGACUCAGCAUGUAGUGAAACCUCCAAAUCAAAGGGCUUGUGGGGAUCAGGGAAGGAUCAGUGUAGCAAAGAAUUGAUUCGCUCCUCCUUCUUCGUUAACCGCAAACGCAAGAAGCCCAAGGAAAAAGUUCAGCCUAGCAGUUCAGAUGAUGACCUGGACCCUGUGUUUACAAAGAAGGAGCUACCAAAGGAGAGCCAACAGCAUCCUCUGUGGUCCCCGCACAGUCGGACCGAAGAGGAGGAGGAGGAGGAGGAGGAGCAGCAGACAGAUGAAACCAGCGAGAAGGAGAAGGAAAAGAACAGUUCUGAGGAGCAGCUGGACAAAACCAACAGGAAAGAAUAUCUUUCUAACAGCUCAAUGUCACAGCCCUCUCCCUCCCUGCCUCCAAAACGCAUUUCCUCCAACCUUCAGACUGGAUCCCCCUACCCCUCUCCUACACAUUCCCCAGACCUCAGCUACCGCAUGCCGAUGGUUCACCAGUCCUCUCUCACGGACCCGCCAUCAAACUAUGAUGACACGGUGUCUGACCUCGGAACGAUGAACAGCACCAGCUCUCAAGCAUCAGUGCCCAGAAUGAGGCGUGGCAAGACGGUGGGUGCCCUGGGAGCAGAGAUGUGUCCCAGCGGGCUGGGAGCGGAGGUUUGCUCCAUUACCUCAGACUACUCCACCACAUCCUCCAUGACUUUCCUGACUGGAGCUGAGCUCAGCACCCUCAGUCCCGAAGUGCAGUCUGUGUCUGAGAGCAGGGGCGGAGAAGAUGCUGAUGAUGAGAGAAGCGAGCUCAUCAGCGAAGGAAGGGCAAUGGAGACGGACAGCGAGAGUGACCUGUCAGUGUUCACUGUGGGUAAAGCCGACCAGCGAGAACCGCAGGAAGUCCUUCGACCCCUCCCCUCACACAGACUCAUCGAAUGCGACACACUUUCAAGAAAGAAAGCCGCCCAACAGAAAACCAACAGCGAGUCUUCUCUGGACGGCGCUCGUAGCGAUAAAGAUUCCACUGGACCGUCACGCUCUUCGGGGUCAGUUAAGGGUCGUUCCACCGCAAGCCUCAGCACUGCGUCCCGGAGUGAGCUGGACAAAGGAGAGCCCACGUGGAAGUUGAAGAUCACAGACAGACUGAAGGUACGCAUGCGAAUGUCUGUGGAUGACAUGUUCGGUGUGGGCAGCCAGAGGAUUCAGUCCUCAGAGGGCCGCAGUAAGAAGAAGAACAUCAGACGCAGACACACGAUGGGCGGGCAGAGAGACUUUGCCGAGCUGUCAGUCUUGGGAGACUGGCCGCAGCAGGUUCACAUCGGCUCACGGUCGGAGCUCUCAGCUGUGGACCGGCUGAAACCUAAGUGCAGCUCUCAGGACUUCUCAAUCGGGGACUGGAUCGCCCGCGAGCGCCACCGAUCCAGCAAUCCCGAGGUCAGUCUGGACUUCUCUGAACAGCAGAACCCCAGAGCCUCGUCCUCUUCUGAACCCCCACAUCAUCCUGCUGAGGCGCUGAACGGGGACUUCCCCCAGAGCAAAAAUCUGAGCCUCUCGGCCACCGCUCACCCACAUAAACUCACCAGUUCCCAGGUGGUCCAUUCGCGCUUCUAUCAGUACCUGUGAGAGCUGUGUGUGCGUGUGGCUGUGUGUGUUUUUGGUCUGUCAGGUGUGUCUCUGUAUAUGGGAGUCUGUCAGUGUAGUGUCUAUUGUGUGACCAAUGUCUAGUGAAUGAGCAUGUUGUACAAAAAUGUCUGGCGUGUGUGUCUAAGUGGUGUGUGUAUGCUUGUGAAAAGAGAAUUACUGCACACAGGAAUUGUUGAGCUUGCUCAUGUUUAAGGCAUGGAACAAAAUGUUAUCUUUUUUUUCCAUUUUGCUUUUGUUUGUUUUUUCUUUUUUUAUAUUAAAAAUGACUUUGGGAUGGCCCAAGAGGAGGAUUUCAACCCUCCUAGUACAAGUCCCAGAUGUGCUAACGAUCGAAAGGACCUGUUGCCCGUGAAACGAGUCUGAAGUACGUUCAAGGAAGUGUGAACACUCAAUUUAAGAUUGUUUAAAGGUUUAGCUAAGUGGCUUUAAGGAUGAACUGACUUAGGAUGAAUAGGAAGUAGUGGAAAAGUGCAGAUUUUUCGUAUUGCAGAGCAACUAUUUUUGCGUAAAGAAAGUUACAGUGUUCAAAGUCGGUGAGUCUGUCGGUAACCAAAUGAAGAAUGUACAGACAUGCUUGCUGUAAUACUGACUAAAAGCUUUAGAUGCUUGUGUUUCAUUCUAAAGUGUACAUAUCCCUAUUUUUCUGUGUACUUGAAUUGUGUUUUUUGGUACUGUGUGUGUGUGUGCGUGUGCGUGUGCGUGUGCGUGUGCCUGCCUACAAGCCGUCUGCUGUCAAAGGGGCCUUUCCAAAGGUACAAAGGUGACAAGGAGACACUGGUCUUAUGCAAAUGGAAAAUAUAGUUCAUACUCAUCCCUGCUGUGUGGUUUAAAGAGCAGUGAACAACAGCCCUCUGAUGCAAGCUAUGUUUUAGUGUUCGGAGUUCACACGUCUGUCCGCGAUUGCAACGAAGAGAGAGUUGGGCAAAGAAGAAAAUGGGUAAUCGAACCAGAAAAAUCAAGUUUUCUUCACUAAAGAAAGUGCCUCACAAUGAAAUGUUAAGGGUGCCAUAUUGUCUUUGUUGAGAUACACGAAGAUGUUACUGUGAAUGACAUUUUUACUGUUGACUCUCAGUCAUUCUACAGGUUAAGAAAAUGCCGAGCUUCCAUUCCUUAGGCAUUCCACUCUGGUCUUAAUGUUUUAUACAUACUUUAUCCUGUUUUUUCAUUUGUUGUUUUUUGUUUUUUUUAAAUUUUAACAGAACUUGAAUUUUAAAUAUUCAUUGUAAAAUAAGUAACUUAAAUGUACAUAUAAAUGCCAUGUUUUAGCUGCUUUAUUUUUCAUUUCCAUCAGAUUGCAAGUUUAAGUACAGUAUUGAGAAAUGACAACAAUGGCGAUGAUGAGGAUGAUUAUCUCGAGGCCUGUGUGGGUGUUGUGGGCAGUUUGGUACUUCUCUGUGAUGAGAGGUUCCCUGCAGGAGGAGGGCACUUCAUUGAGCUGGAUUGUUUGUAUCAGUGCAGUGUUCCUCUUGAUUGUAAGGGGGUGUGCACAGACUCCUGAAACACUGGAAAUAAAAUUUUGUCAAUGGCAAAUAUC